CUGUGCAUCAUCAUUAAGCCACACAACAGAGAGUAAGAUCUACUGAAAACUUCCACAACACACGGGUUUGUAUACUCACCAUCAAUGUUUCUCUCUCCUUUCUUCUUCCUUCUUUCUUCUUCAACCACUCGAACCAGCACAGUACUACAUCCCUGGAGUCAAAACCCUCCGUACCCACCAAAAGAUUUCCAUACACAAUGCGUGGAUUAACCGAACCAGAACCAGAACCAGAAGAUGAAACAAUCACACCUCAACCUUCUCGUUAAUGGCGAAUUCUAAUCUCACCCCCCUCUUCUCUCUCCUCCUCCUCUUCUUCUUUCUCAUCUUCAACCCCUUCUUCACAAACUCCACGCUCAUAUCAGAGAUUAAGCAGCAACAGAACCAAGAAGAACCCUAUGUGGGUGUCAACAUCGGCACCGACAUCUCGAACUUUCUCUCUCCAUUGGACCUCGUUGCGUUUUUACAGGUGCAGAAGAUCACUCAUGUCCGACUCUACGAUGCCGACCCUGACAUUCUCAAAGCUCUGGCCAAAACCAAGAUCCGGGUCAUCAUCAGCGUCCCCAACAACCAGCUCCUCGCAAUCGGCUCCUCCAACGCCACCGCCGCCACCUGGGUCGGCCGCAACGUCGCCGCCUUCUUCCCCGAAACCCUAAUCACCGCCAUCUCCGUCGGCGACGAGGUCCUCACCACCGUCCCCUCCUCCUCCCCCCUCCUCGUAACCGCCAUCGAAUCCCUCUACACCGCCCUCGUCGCCGCCAAUUUACACACCCAGAUCAAAAUUUCUUCCCCUCAUGCCGCCUCGAUAGUUCUCGACCCUUUUCCGCCUUCUCAGGCCUUUUUCAAUCAAUCCCUGACCCAGUUUGUAUUACCAUUGCUUCAAUUCUUGUCCCGAACUAAAUCGCCAUUUAUGAUCAAUUUAUACCCUUACUAUGUUUUUAUGCAGAACAAAGGGGUUGUUCCCCUUGAUAAUUCGCUUUUUAAACCGUUAACUCCAUCCAAAGAAAUGGUCGACCCGAAUACUCUGCUUCACUACACGAAUGUUUUGGAUGCUAUGAUUGACUCUGUUUACUUUUCUAUGAAGAAUUUGAAUAUUACUGAUGUUGUAGUGCUUGUUACUGAAACUGGGUGGCCUUCAAAGGGUGAUUCAAAAGAACCAUAUGCUACGAUUGACAAUGCCGACACAUAUAAUUCCAAUUUGAUCAAACAUGUUCUUGACAGGAGUGGAACUCCUUUGCACCCUGAAAUCACAUCAAGUGUGUAUUUAUAUGAGUUGUUUAAUGAGGAUUUGAGGGCACCACCCGUGUCGGAGGCGAAUUGGGGGUUGUUUUAUGGGAAUUCGACGCCGGUGUACUUGUUACAUGUUUCUGGGAGUGGGACUUUUUUGGCGAAUGACACAACGAACCAGACGUAUUGUAUUGCCGCUGAUGGGGUGGAUGCGAAGACAUUGCAGGCGGCAUUGGAUUGGGCUUGUGGACCGGGGAGAGCGAAUUGUACUGAGAUUCAACCUGGGGAGAAUUGUUAUCAGCCUAAUAAUGUGGAAAACCAUGCAUCUUAUGCUUUUGAUAGCUACUAUCAGAAGGAAAGGAAGGAUGCUGGGUCUUGUGACUUCAAGGGUGUGGCCAUGAUCACCACCACUGACCCAAGUCACGGGAGUUGUAUAUUUCCUGGAAGUAAGCAAGUAAGCAAUAGAACAAGGGAGGUAGUGAACUCAACAACUGUAGCAAGUGCUGCGGACUCAAUAAGAUUCUUCAUCAGCUUCCCCAGCACCCAAACAAGUGCACUGGACAAGGGUUUACGUGUUUUCUUCGGAUUUACCUUUUCUCUGCUAUUUUAUUCAUUCAUUUCAUAACCCAAUCUCAAGUGACCCUGGUGAUGAUUCUGUGUUAUGCAGAGGCAAAUGAUGCGGUGCAAUGCUUCAUUUUUUAGCACAUGAUUGAUCCUUCAGUAGGCCCGCUCUUUUUUUGUACAAUUGUUGUAAUUAAACAUACAUAUAUCAUUUCUGGAAUGGGGGUUGAUUGGUGGUAUAGUUUGCAGCAUUGAGGUGAAAAUGGGUGAUUCUUUACCUUUAAUAAUGUGAACAGAGGAGCAAUUUGAAUUGAAUCAUUUUCAAAGUUUUGCUUUA